GAGGGUUCAGAAAUCUAGUCACAAUCAGUAUAGUAUUUGUUUUCACUUAUUAAAUUAAAUAUUAGCCCUACUUCUAAUACAAAUUGACCCUAAACUUGACUGUCUAUUUAAGUACUCACAUUUUUAUAAUGAGAUUACAUCCGUAUGCCAGUACUAUGUUUCUCUUCACUUCCUCUUUAUUUAUAAAUAGCACAAUGUUCUGAUGAAAUAGUGAGUACUUGUGUGCUGAAACAAUAGGCAUUUUAGUCGGUUGUCAAAUAUACAAAUAAUUCAGCUUACUGUGUCCUUGGAAAACAGCUGAAGAGACUUACAUUACUGUAGUAUAAAGACAGAAUCAAAACCCAGUUGUUGUGCUGAGUGCCACUCCCCAGACAAAUCUUUCGAGAGCUGAGUGUGCCCCCUGACGCACCACCAGUCUGACAUGACUCAGUAGUUGGAUUAUUACCACUGACCCUUCAAUGCUGAAAAUAAAGACACUGUAUGCUGAACAUCAUUGUUGGCUGUAAGUACCUCUCAGUAGUUUCAUCAACCCGACAGAAAAGCAUGACAGCCGCUGUUAAGGUUUUCCUCAUAUGCUGUCUACUUCAAGGUAGCUUAUGCCAACACUGGGCAGCCUUCAUGCCUCAGACAGUAGAGGGACUAAGUGGGUCCUGUGUGAUCAUCCCCUGCACUUUCAGCUUGCCCUCAGUUUGGGAUCAAUACCUGGAUGAUUCGUGUAAAGCCAUUUGGAAGCGAGGGAGCUGGAGUCGAACGCAGGUGUUUGAUUCCAGCCUCACUGGAGCGAGUGCAAGCUUAAACAUCCUGCAAGGAAACCUAACAGGGAUCCUGCGUGAGAAGGACUGCACCACCAUCUUCAACAACCUGCCAUCGAACCAUUAUGACAACUAUUACUUCAGACUGCAGUGUGACAGCGCUCUGAAGUUCAACUUUCAAGCAAGUGUUAUUAUCAUCGUUCAAGAUUCACUGCCCAGCCCUACCAUAACGCCAUCCAGGCUGGAUGUAGAAGAAGGGACUGCAGUGAGGUUGAACUGCUCGGCUGUGGCUCCCUGUCCCAUUCUUUCUCCAGCUCUGACAUGGACCCCCAGUAUAGGUGACACUGAUGAGAACAUGGAGACUAAAUUUGUGACCUCUGUUAUGAAUUUCACCGCUUCGUACCUCCACAAUGGACAGAAGUUCUCCUGCACCGCUCUCUAUAACCGACAAGCUGGCAACAGUGACCUUCUGUAUGAAAAAAGUUUGACCCUCCGUGUUCUUUAUCCUCCAAAUAACACAUCAGUCAGUUACUCUGGUCCUGUAAAAGAGGGCAGCUCGGUGACUCUGACCUGCAACACUAACGCAAAUCCAGCUGUGGACGGCUACACCUGGUACAAAGUGGAUGGAGAUCAGGUGGCAGCAGUGGGUUCUAAGAAGAGGCUUUCAACUACAGUCACAGAAGUUGACAGCCAAUUUUUCUGCCAAGUCAGUAACAGAUAUGGAACCCAGAACUCAUCCAUCACUCAGAUCGACGUGCAAUUUCCUCCCAAAGAAACCACAGUAACUGUCGACCCUAAUGGUCCUAUAUUGGAGGGCAGCUCUAUUACUCUAUUCUGUAUGAGCCGUGCCAACCCACCUGUGAACAACUACACCUGGUACAAAGAUGAUGAAGAGGAUAAGGAGCCUGGAUCAACCUUAGUUAUAAACGAUGUUGAUCGGAGCCACAGUGGUGACUACCACUGUGCAGCAAAAAAUGAACUGGGAGAGAAAACAUCAGUACCGAUUCAGCUGGACAUUCAGUAUCCCCCUAAGAACACCUCAGUUUCAAUUGAUCCCCCUGGUCCAGUGCGGGACGGCACCUCUGUAACUCUGACCUGCACAAGCAUUGCCAAUCCAGCAGCGGUUAACUUCACCUGGUUCAGAGUGGCUGGAAGAGAAAAGGAGAUUGUGGGCUCUGAGCGCGACUUCGUCUUCAAUGUGACCAAACUCUCAGAGGAUCAGUAUUACUGUGAAGCUCUGAAUGUCCACGGAGCUGAAUACUCAGAGCCUGCCAGUCUUGAUGUAACAUUUGUUUCAGAGAUCCUGCCUUCUUCCCGCUGCGUCAAGAUUUUAUCUCUGAUCCGAUGUUCCUGCGACAGCCAAGGGAACCCGCCUCCCUCCCUGGUUUGGGAAUUGGCCGGAGAGCCUGUCAAUCACUCUGCUGAAAUACCGAUCAGAGAAGUCCCCCUGGGGAGCUUGGGCAUGAGGAGCCUCAUCACCUUGUACCGUCUGGACAAAGACAUGCCCUCUCUAGUCUGUCUCAGCAUCAACUCACUGGGCUCUGAUAGUUUUGUGUUCAACGUGUCCUCCAGCGAAACUCAGCUAGGCCUCCAUGCUGUGUCCCUUUUGAUCGGUUCUGCAGUGGGAGCACUGGGGAUGUUGCUGGUGUGUGUCCCGCUGCUGCUAUUCGUUUGCAGGAAAAGGAAAGACAGCCAUUCACCUGGCAAGGGAUUGGUGGACACUUCAGACUUUUUAGUUACUAAUGAGACCAACUCUUCACAAGUGGAUGUGAUUUAUGCCAAUAAAGCCAUUCUGGAAGAGGAAGGAGUAGUUAAGGAAGACCCUCUCCACUACGCCAAUGUUGACUUUGCUAAACUCCAGGCCAAGUCAAAGGGUAAGCUCGGGGAAGGGGAGAUCAGAGGCCUCGCCUCCACGACCUCUGAGUAUGCUCAGAUCCGUCUGUACUCCAGAGGAAGCAACGGAGGAGACGCAAAGGAAGAAGAGACAGUCGCUGACACUCUUUUCGGACAAAGGAAAGUCUCUGAUGGUUUCAUAGGACAGUUUCCAGAUCCCAGCUGAGCAGAACAAGCUCCUAAAGUCUGCAGCAGUGGACGUAGCCUUAUUUAAAGUGAGUAAUGCCACACACUUGUGGCUUCAAGUUGAGCUCUCACUGUAUCUCAUUUGUCACUGUAACUCUUUUCUGUCAAUCCUUCUUGUGUCUCUUUACUGAAAAUGCCUAGCAAAACAAAAACACCAUAAAAGUGAUUUAAAUACAUAAAGUAGGCAAUUACCGCAUGAUACAGAUGUCAGAGCUAAUCUGCAUGCUGGGGAAGAACCUUUAA